AUGAGUGUAGUGAACCUUUACUAUCGUAUUCACCUCUCCUACUCUCACGAUUUCAACUACGAAACCGUCCCUUUCAUGACCGUCUCGUAAGUCCUCCUCAACUCCCCACAUAAAAUUGACUCCUUCCUAACCACAACUCAGGAGCAUUGAGCAUUGCGUUGGCGUAUUAAUCCCUUGCAUGCCCCUAUCUGCAAAAACCUUCGGCCGCGUCUACACACACCUUAAAUCCUACUUCACUACUCCAUCCAGAGGCUUCCGGUGUACCGUCUCUACCGUAGUAUCAACAAAACAGAAAGAAGAGAAUUUCACUCUUUACUCACGGGAUAUGGAAUUAGAGAGUAAUAGCCAUACUCAAAGUUAUGACAAGAGCAGGGAAGAUGAAAACACAAAUCUUAAUCCUGGGCAGCAGCCAUUCUCUCAUGAGAGAAGUGUAUUAUACUCUAGUAGUACUGCUGAUAGCGUCCUAUCACCGGUGGAACCUGCAGCUCAGACGGGCUGGAAUGAUGAUACUAUCAAGUCCUGUUUGUAG